AUGCCAUCGUUGCUAUCGCUCUUGCGAUUCUUCUCGCCGAAGAAGCGGAGAGAGGCGAAGCGGUGGAAGGAGAUUGAAGCCUCAGCCGCGCAACUCCAAUCCCUCCCCUCAUGGACCUCCUCAACCGAAAACACCCUGUUAUUCCAAGCCUUCGAGUGGCACGUACCCGCUGAUGGACACCACUGGGUGCGUCUGCGCCAUGCCCUCCCCGGGUUAAAAGCCAUCGGCAUCGAUCAGAUCUGGCUCCCGCCGGGAUGCAAGGGGAUGGACCGGGACGGCAACGGGUACGAUAUUUACGAUUUGUAUGACCUCGGGGAGUUUGAACAGAAGGGGAGCGUGCGGACGAAGUUUGGGUCGCGGGAGGAGUUGCAGGUUCUUGUUGAGGAGGCGCAACGUCUGGGCGUCAGGGUUAUUUGGGAUGCCGUGCUGAAUCACAAGGCCGGGGCGGAUCGUGUUGAGAGGUGUAUGGCUGUCAAGGUUGAUGAGAAUCGCCGAGACAAGGAAAUCUCCGCUCCGAGUGAGAUCGACGCAUGGGUUGGAUUCGACUUCGAGGGCCGAGGCGACCAACAUAGCACGAUGAAGUACAACCAGUCGCACUUUUCCGGCGUUGACUGGGACCAAAGCGCUCAAGAGAACGCCAUCUACCGCCUCAUCGGUCCGCGCAAGGGCUGGGCCAGCGAUGUGUCGCGCGAGAAGGGCAACUACGACUAUCUGAUGUUUGCGAAUCUCGACCUUUCGCACCCCGAAGUCCGGCAAGAUCUAUUCAACUGGGGCGCGUGGAUUACGAAAGAGUUAUCCCUCGGCGGGAUGAGGCUCGAUGCAGCAAAGCAUAUGUCGGUGGCCUUUCAGAAGGCGUUUGCCGCGCAUGUUCGCGCGACGACAGGGAAUCCGGAUUUGUUCUUUAUCGGAGAGUAUUGGACGGAGAAUCUGCGCGAGCUGAUGAAGUAUCUGGAGGAUGUGCAGUAUACGCUGGCGGCGUAUGAUGUGCCUCUGGUCAACAAUUUCUCGCGCAUUUCAAGGAGCAGGGCCGCGGAUUUGAGGAAGAUCUUUGAUGGCACAUUGGUCCGGCAUAAGCCUGAGAGCGCCGUGACCAUCGUCACGAACCAUGAUACACAACCAGGCCAAAUGAUGGACACCCCAAUAUCCCCCUCCUUCAAACCCCUCGCCUACGCCCUAACCCUCCUCCGCAAAGAAGGCAACCCCUCUCUCUUCUACGGCGACCUCUACGGAAUCAACAGUCGUACCUCCAACGGCAAACCAGCUAUCCCGGGCACGCCCAAGCGAUCCUCAUUCUCUGAUAAGCUGCCCAUUCUAACCCGCGCACGCAAACACUUCGCCUACGGCGAGCAGCAGGAUUAUUUCGAUAAGCCGAAUUGUGUUGGCUUCGUCCGCUACGGAAACGCCCGACACCCCUCCGGCCUGGUCUGCGUACUCAGCAACGCGGGCGCAGCGACGAAACGCAUGUACGUUGGCCCCGGGCACGCAAACGAGACAUGGACGGAUAUCCUACGCCCGCAGGGUCAGACACAAAAACAAAAAGUCACCAUCGACGCCCGCGGCUACGGCGAGUUCGCCGUCGAAGCAUGCAGUGUGAGCGUGUGGGUCGAGGAGUCGGCCGCCGCUAGGUUUGAGCUGCGGUUUGAGGAGAAGUUUGAUUUCGAUAUCUAUGGCUGA